AGAUGGCGGCAAGCAUAGUGGCGUAAACUGACUUCCUCAACAUAUUUCAACUUCUUCUUAUGAUUUUUCUCGUCUGAUUCAAAACCAUGUCACAGUACAGUGUAUGCUUCAAGCAAGAACAAGCGCAUGAGGAUAGUAUUUGGACAGUAACCUGGGGAACAAGUGACAAGGAUGGAAUAGAAAAUAUCAUAACAGGUGCUGUUGAUGAUAUGGUCAAGUGCUGGAGAUGGAAUGAGGAGAAACUGGAGCCAAGAUUUAACUUUGAAGGACAUCAACUUGGGGUUGUGUCAGUGGAUAUUAACUUAACUGGAACAAUUGCGGCCUCAAGUUCAUUGGACAGCCAUAUCAGAAUAUGGGAUUUAGAAUCUGGAAAGCAACUGAAAGCCAUUGACUGUGGACCAGUGGAUACUUGGACUGUUGCAUUUUCACCAGACUCAAGAUACAUUGCUACUGGCAGCCAUGCUGGGAAAAUUAGUUUAAUAGGUGUUGAAAGUGGCAAAAAGGAGAGUGCUCUGGAUACAAGAGGGAAAUUCACCAUGAGCAUAGCUUAUAGUCCUGAUGGUCAUUAUAUUGCAUGUGGAGCCAUUGAUGGAAUAAUAAACAUUUUUGACCUCACAACAGGAAAAUUACUCCACACUCUAGAAGGUCACGCCAUGCCUAUCAGAUCAUUAACAUUCUCACCUGACUCCCAGCUGUUGAUUACUGCUUCUGAUGACAAUCACAUCAAGAUAUAUGAUGUACAAAAUGCUAACUUAGUUGGAACUCUGUCAGGACAUGGCUCAUGGGUUCUUGGUGUUUCAUUUUGUCCAGACAACACACACUUUGUCUCAAGUUCUAGUGACAAGACUGUGAAGGUCUGGGAUGCAGGCUCAAGACAGUGUGUUCAGACUUUUUACGAACACAACGAUCAGGUGUGGGGAGUGAAGUACAAUGCCACUGGCUCCAAGAUCGUGUCCGUAUCAGAUGACAAGUCAAUUAUUGUUUAUAACUGCCCUCUGUGAUUUCUGUCAUCAUUAGCUAUAUCAUUGUAACAAGUAGUGAAGUAAAACUGUUUUCUCUUUUCUUAUUUUUGGACGAGCAUUGCGUGACCCGUGACAAUCAAACUAAUAGUUAGCGGCUUGUAAAUGAAACGAGAUGCAGGACUGCGUUAUGGAGAAACCAGCAACCCAGUUAUGAUCUGAUCUAGCCUGUGUUGUAAGCGUCCCGGACCCAGAAAAAGCUAGACGGGACAGGAGUGGGGGAAGUGAAAAACGCGAGGAAUACCCCCUGAUAUCCCCGUUGUCUCUCCCCCAUCCUCCCCAUUUUACGCCAGCUAAGCAGGCUGGAUCUGAUCUGAUGUUGUUGUCUAGUCUGAUAUCAUAUUGUAAAGAUUGUUACACAUGUAUCCAGUCCUAAGCUAACAGAAGGAGUGUAAACUUGUGAUAUACUAAAAUAAAAAUAAUAAAAAAAACUGUA